AUGGCAAUUCUCAAGGAGGCAAAGAACAAGAUUCUAUCUCUCAGGAAGGCAAAAGACUUGAAUAAUCGGAACCUACGCUUCCAGAGAGGCUGCAUUUGCAUUUUUUUGAGUAUUACCGGGGACGAGCUAGGGCACCUUCUCUCUGACUCUUUUGCCCUGGAGCAGUUGGAACUCUCAUUUUGCAAUAAUAUAAAAUGCCUGAAAGUACCUCGCGUCCUAUUACGGCUCAGCUAUCUGGAGGUGGUUUUCUGCAGCCGUCUGCAAGUGAUAGAGAGUGAAGCUCCAAAUCUGUCCAGCUGCUGCUUUAGAUGGAUCCACCACGUACGGAUCUCACUUGGACCAGCACUGCAUGUGAAAAAACUAGAAAUAUCUGGUUCUGGGGCCUUUCAUCAUGGUCAGCUUCCAACCAUCAUGCCAAGUCUUCAAACCCUUACCAUAAAUUCGCUAUCUAAGAAGAUGACCAGCACACCAAGUUUGCAUAGCAAAUUCCACCAGCUCAAGUACCUGAACAUUCGUAUUCCUGGAGAGACCCAUGGCCCAGUCUAUGAUUAUUUUUCUCUGGCUUUAUUUCUUGAUGCUUCUCCUUGCUUAGAGACUUUAAUCCUGCGUAUACAUGUACCAGAGAGCCAUUUGAAACAUGGCUUGUUCUCCGGAGAUCCCUCGAAUCUACGUGAGAUGCCGAGGCACGGGAAUGAGAAGCUCAAACGUGUGCAGAUCGACGGCUUCUACCCCGCGAAGAGCCUUCUGGAGCUAGCACGCCACCUUCUUCGGUCUGCAACUUCUAUGGGAUGCCUUGCGCUGGGCACCAACUACUGUUCGUGCAAGUUUGGUGACAAAGAUUUUGGCAAGUGCUACCUCUUGGCUAUCGGUACAUACAUCGAGGGGAAAGUUCCCUCCACAGCUAGGUUAGAUGUUCGGUGGCCUUGCACCGGCCGGUGCUCUGGCUCUAGUCAUUAUUAG